AUGGCUUCCAUGCAUCCCGCCGACCCCGUCCUAGUCUUGGAUCCGGCCAUGUUGCCGGAUCCUGCUUCUGCCGCCGAAGAUGAUUCCGAUUAUGAAUAUGAGUAUCACGACCAAGAAACGGAGACAUUCUAUCUCACCCUCGACCUAGCGUCAAACCAGAACCUCGGCCGGUCUUCGAAACGACGUCAGGAGUCGCAAUCGGCUACUACCGCUGGCGCCCUGCCGACAGAUCCUUCUCACGGUGACGGAAACGAGCCUGCGCUGGCCAGCACGGAAAUCGACUCUAUUCCCGAAGAGCGCGUGCAGAUCCUUGGUCUUCAUACCCCAAACCCCAUCGUCUCCUAUAGGAACCAGAUCUUCAAUUGUACCUGGGCCGAUCAAAUUGGUACCGAGCUCCUCUUCGCACAUCCCGAAGUCGAUGUGGGGUCGGAGUCUAUCGCGCCAACGAACCCGCUGAGGCGCGGGAAAGACUUUGAUCUGAUCGCGGCGAAUAGCGUGAAGAUUCUCGGGCGCAAAGCCAACCUCAUCUCCAGUUCUGGCCCUCCGCCGGCAAUGGAGCCGGUGGAUGCCGACGCUGCGUCGGACGCAGACCCCGCAACGGCCCGCAGAACAGGCCCUCAAUCGAACCAGGCCCGCUUCCUUGAACGGCUUCAGAGCAUUAAGCAGGCCAAGGGCGAGACAGAUACUAUACGCAGUUCCUUCAGCUUAAGACGGAACCAGAACCUGGAGGAACGAUUACGCGGCUGGGCGCAGACAGACGAGCAGCUGGCAGAUAUCCAGCGUCUCAAUGAAGCGGCUAUUCAAGGUAAUACCACCGCAAUGGCGGAUCUGGAGAACUUGUGCAUCCAACUUGGGUCCCAGGAUCCCGAGUUGUCCGAAGAGCCUUCGCAGCCACAUUGA